AUGCUUAUGACUAUGCAAAGUUGGAACCCGCAAUCCAGCAACUACUACAAACCCAGCACCAGCCAACCCACCAACGCAGCUGCACAGAAUAACGAGAGGAAUCCGCGGCGGUCCCCUUCGCCUGGCCGAUCGCACACCCACUUCGCCUCCUCCUCCUCCGACGAGGCCUCCGCAGCUGGCCAGCGGUCCAAGCCGGCGGCAAGGCGCCGUUCACCGCCUCUGAUGAAUGCGUUAUUAGGGAACGCGCCGCAGCCCGUGAUGUACGUGCGGGCGCUGUACGACUACGAGGCCGAUGAUCGCACGAGCUUGAGCUUUCACGAAGGAGAUGUCAUCCAGGUCAUCACCCAGCUGGAAAGCGGCUGGUGGGACGGCGUGAUCAACGGGGUGCGAGGCUGGUUCCCCAGUAAUUACUGCCAGGUGAUCGCCAAUCCGGAUGAUGCCGCGGAGGACAAUAUAAACGGUUUAAGAGGGCAUUCGGACGAGGACGAUGCCGGCGAUGAUGAGGAGGAAUCCGAGGAGGAGGAGGAGCAUUACGAGGAGGAUGCCGCUGAUUCGGAACGGGGCGAUACUACACAGCUACCCAUCGAAGGGGUAACAAAAAGUGAGCGGACCAGGGCCGAUUUCUGGAUACCCCAGGCCACCCCCGACGGAAGAUUAUUUUAUUUUAAUACGGAGACGGGCGAGAGUAGCAUGGAGCUUCCUCUUGAAUCGCCAUCGUCGGCGACUGAGAGUGGACCCCGUAAUCGGAUGAAUGUUAAUAUUCCAGAGAAGACCAGGCCACCUCCAGAGAUGAUGGCUCGGGGCUACAUUCAAGACGAAGAUGACGAUUCGGAAGGAAAUUCGGCUUCAGAGCUAGAAGGAGAGUCUCUUAUGCUUGCAUCACGGAGCGCUUUUCAAAAAAAGCGACGCUCUUUCGUUUCCGACGGUGUAUCUCCCGCAACUUCUAUGGAUUCAAUCAAUGACCCAUCGCCAAAAUCAAGAUCCGACCCAUUCUCAACCUCGAUGCCCAUUAUGGGCCCCUCCACUACUUCCUUCACCAACCCCGCACUCAGCCCCCCACAUACUGCGGCACUCCCUCGGUCAUUCUUUGACGAUGGCGCUGCUUCCCCGUUAACUUGGAAUAGAUUGGUAGCGAAGAUGAAGAGGGCAAUUGACCGAUAUAGGGAAGCCAUCAUCAAUGGCGACCGGUCAGAGUAUGUGCGUCGGGCCGAAGAUAUUUCAGACCACCUCCGGCUGUUGCUCGCGGCAGGAUCAGGAACAACGGACAACCACUCCGGCCAGCCCUCUAUCAUAUCGACGAAUAAGGCGCUAUAUCCCCAUUUUCGGGAUAUGAUGUCAAAAUUCUCCAAGUUGGUUAUAUCUUCCCAUAUUGCUGCCGCCGACUGGCCAAAUGCGGAAUCGUAUCAGAAAUGCCUCCAAGAGGCAGACGGGGUUCUGCAAGGAGUAUUCAGUUAUGUGGAGGUGGCAAGACAACAGCGAGGAGAAGAUAUACCGCGCCUCCUACCGGGAUUCGUCAUUGGCAGUACAACUGGGGGUAGUUGGCAGCAUAAUGGACUUGGUUCUCGGGAUCCCCUGACGUCAAAUUUCCUAGACGAAGAGGACGCGCUUGCUGAACCUUCUGCCACUCUUGAUGCUGGUCUAAUGGAGCGUAUUGACGAUUUGAAGCGGAUGCUAAUUUCAAGUAUACGGAAACUGGAGGAACAUCUUGUGGUCACGGAACAAAUCGUCUCUCCUUAUAGACAUGAGCUGAUCGGGAACAACGUGUGUUCUGCCGCCAAGAAGGUUCUGGAAAUGUUCAGACCUUGGGUCUCAACCAUUGAAUCCAUCAGCCUAUCAUCACUAGGUAGUGCCUUCCAAAACCCGCAGUUGGUUGACUUCGCGGUGUAUAAGCAGAAUUUGUAUGACAAUAUGUCAGAUCUUGUUUUAGGUUGUCAAGUCGUGGCAGGGCCACUGGGUGAUGAGUGGGCCGAGGUUCGUGGCGAUUCGCUCGAAGGUCGACUUAACUAUGUCCGACAUUGCGCCAAGCAGCUCGAGACCAACUCCUCGCAUAUUGGCUUUUCACUUCAACUAUUGGGCGAACAGGUACAAAUGGCCAUACAGCAACAGGACAGCCGGCAUGUCCGCCCUCGUGAAGAUAGUCUACAGCGGGAUCCAAGGAGAGUGGAAAGCACCAUAUACGAGCGUCCUCAUCAACGGUCUGACUCGCGAAUCAAUCAGGUCUUGAGACCUGGACUGGCUGGUAUCGGUCAAUCACAGUCUUUCACGGAGGGCGAUCCAACGGCGAAUUUCCGCAAGGGCGAAAAUUCAAAAGUACGGAAGUUCUUUGGAGAAGAGCCACGGUCAGAUGAGACUCCCGAUUUCCUCAAGCUUGACCAUGAGCAAGACAUCUCAUGGGACACCAAGGUCGAGCCUCCACAAUUGAAGGGGGGAACAUUAUUGGCAUUGGUUGAGCAAUUGACUCGCCACGAUAAGCUUGACUCGAGCUUCAACAACACUUUCCUCUUAACGUAUCGAUCUUUCACCAAUGCUCGAGAGCUCUUUGAGUACCUUGUCAGGAGAUUCCAGACCCAGCCACCUGAAGGGAUGGCCCAGGGGGAUUAUGAGAUGUGGAGAGACCGCAAACAGAAGCCCAUCAGAUUCCGGGUGGUCAAUAUCCUCAAGAGUUGGUUUGAUAACUUCUGGAUGGAAGACCAGAGUGACGAUACCAAGUCUCUAAUACGUGAUGUCUAUGCCUUCGCCAGAGACACGGUCAAGACAACCGAAACUCCUGGAUCUGGACCCUUAAUGACGGUUCUCGAGCAGCGGCUGCGCGGACAAGACCCCUCCGCAAAGCGACUUGUUUUGACGUUGAGCCAAAAUGCUCCACAACCUAUCAUACCCAAGAACAUGAAGAAGUUGAAGUUCCUGGAUAUUGAUGUAACCGAAUUUGCGCGCCAGCUGACUAUUGUGGAGUCAAAGCUUUACGGGAAGAUCAAGCCUACAGAAUGUCUCAACAAGACUUGGCAAAAGAAGGUCGGCGAGGGUGACCCAGAACCGGCGCCAAACGUCAAGGCGCUCAUCCUUCACUCUAAUCAAUUGACCAAUUGGGUGGCGGAGAUGAUUUUGACUCAGGCGGAGGUGAAGAAGCGUGUUGUCGUUGUCAAACAUUUCGUUCAAGUAGCUGAUAAAUGCCGGCAACUCAACAACUACUCCACGUUGACAUCGAUCAUCUCUGCUUUGGGUACCGCGCCUAUCCAUCGUCUAAAGCGGACAUGGGACCUGGUCCCUCAGAAGACCCUUACCGUGCUCGAAGGCAUGCGCCGGCUUAUGGGUAGCACGAAGAACUUUGGUGAAUACAGAGAGAGCUUGCAUCUGGCCAACCCGCCAUGUAUACCCUUCUUUGGCGUGUAUCUCACGGAUCUCACAUUCAUCGAAGAUGGUAUCCCAUCCAUCAUCAAAAAGUCGACGUUAAUAAACUUUGCCAAACGGGCCAAGACAGCUGAAGUCAUCCGCGAUAUCCAGCAGUACCAGAACGUACCUUAUCCCUUGCAACCAGUAGUGGAGCUCCAGGAGUAUAUUUUGAGCAAUAUGCAAGCGGCAGGGGAUGUGCACGAGAUGUAUGAGAGGAGCUUGACAGUAGAGCCACGUGAGCGAGAAGAUGAAAAGAUAGUGAGUUACCACGCGGAGAAAUGGAAAGCUUGCUAG